AUGGCGUCGUUCGCACCAGGCCUGCGGAGGCUCGCCGUGAGGGCAUCCCCCUCGCUCUUCGUGUGCCGCCAAUGCCAGCGCCAACAGCCGCAAUGGCGCUCGUCCCCGUCCCGCGUCCUCGACACCAUCGUACGAUCUCAGCAGCAGACCCGGAGCUUCACCCAGACCAAGGCGCCGCUCAACUUUAGCAGCAACGCCGUCAUUGCAGACAAGCCGUCCGUCUCGAUCGCAGCGCAGGCUGUGGCCAAGGCCAAGAAGGCCACCAAGAAAAGGGCGUGGCCUGAGACGAACUCCAAGUCUGUGGGAUACUGGCUCGUCGGCAGCGCUGUCAGCGUCUUUGGCAUCGUCGUCUGGGGUGGCCUCACACGACUGACUGAAUCUGGCUUGAGCAUCACCGAAUGGCGUCCCGUAACCGGCUCCAUGCCCCCGAUGAACCAGGAAGACUGGGAAUCCGAGUUCGAAAAGUACCGCGCCUCCCCCGAAUUCAAGCUCCUCAACCCGCACAUGGACCUGGCCGAGUUCAAAAAGAUUUACUUCAUGGAGUGGUCCCACCGCCUCUGGGGCCGCUUCAUCGGAAUGUCCUUUGUCCUGCCCACCCUCUACUUCAUCGCCCGCCGCCGCGUCACCCCCAAGAUGGCCGUCAACCUCUGCGGCAUCUCCUGCCUCAUCGCCUUCCAGGGCUUCAUCGGCUGGUGGAUGGUGAAAUCCGGCCUCAAGGACGACCUCUUCGCCCCCGGCUCCCACCCGCGCGUCUCCCAGUACCGCCUGACCGCCCACCUCGCCACGGCCUUCGUCUGCUACUCCUGGAUGCUCCUGUCCGCCCUCACCGUCUUCCGCACCCGCCGCCUGCUCGCCGACCCCGCCGCCGCCAACAAGGCCCUCGCCGCCCUCCGCAACCCGGCCAUCAAGACCUUCCGCCGCCUCUCCUUCGCCCUCGUCGCCCUCGUCUUCACCACCGCCAUGUCCGGCGCUCUCGUCGCCGGCCUCGACGCAGGCCUCAUCUACAACGAGUUCCCCUACAUGGGCCUCGGCCUGACCCCGCCCUCGGGCGAGCUCUGGGACAAGUUCUACUCCCGCAAGGAGGACGGCUCCGACCUCUGGUGGCGCAACAUGCUCGAGAACCCUAGCACCGUCCAGCUCGACCACCGCAUCCUCGCCAUGACCACUCUCUGCUCCAUCCUCUCCCUCUUCGCCUACUCCCGCACCCGCCGCGUUGCCGCCGCCCUCCCCGCCAACGUCAAGAAGGGCGUCCUCGGCACCGUCCACCUCGUCCUCAUGCAGGCCGCCCUCGGCAUCAGCACUCUGAUCUACAUUGUCCCCGUGCCCUUGGCCGCGGCGCACCAGGCCGGCGCCUUGGCGCUGCUCUCUGGUGCCUUGGUCCUUGGACACCGUCUGCGCGUGCCAAAGUCAACCCUGGCCAUGAUCCAGAAGCGGAUGAAGGCCAAGGCGAAGGCUAUCAAGUACAGCAGGCGUUCCUAG